AUGAAGAUGACUGACCCUAGAGAGUGUGACAGUCGGGGGAAGCCCAUUCUGUCUUUUUCCAUUGAGGAGAUCUUAAAGAAACCUUAUUCUAGCAUAUGUCUAAACAAUGCAGCCAGGAAUAGAAGUAACCAUACCGAAGUAACUCCAGCCCUGGGCUCUGAGCCCCCACUGGAACUUGCCACGGAUUGCAGCAAUGCAUGGAAAUCAUACAAUGACUCAUCUUCAACAAAGAUGCUGAGUAAAGCCACAUGCUCUGCCCCCAGGACCAACAUGAACAUGCUGCAGCCAGUUCACUGCCGGAGAUCUACUUCUGUGGAUACAAGCCCAGCUGCCUUUCUGAGUGAAGAUGAAGUACAUGAGCACUUAGAAGGCAAGAGAAAACAUGAGGAGGAGGAAGACCCACUGUGUGAUUUCCCAGCUGACCAUUCACUUCAUGAUGAGAAGAAAGGGAAGCGGAGAAUCCGGACAACAUUCACAGUGGAGCAACUACAGGAGCUGGAAAAGAUUUUCAAAGUCACACACUACCCAGACAUUCACAUGAGGAACCAACUGGCAGCAAAGAUCAACCUUCCAGAAACCAGGGUUCAG